AAUGGCUGAUAAUAAAAAUAAAAUUUAUAAUAAGAAACAAUGUCAUCCAACUCGAGGUAAAUAUAUGAAAUAUAAAGAGGAAGUGUUACUUGAAGCUAUAAACAGUGUUAUUAGUUCACUAAUAACACUGUUUUAUAGCUUAAAACAGUGUUAUUACUAAAAUGUCUGUUAGAGCUGCUGCUAAAUUUUUUAAAGUACCCCGAACAACUUUGCAGAGCAGGAUAAAUGGAAAAGUUGAGAUUGGUGCAAAAGCAGGAAGAAAAAGUUUAAUGCCGCUUGAUCUUGAAAAAAAGUUACUCGAUUCAUUUUUAAAAAACAUUGGACCACAACGUCCACAAGUUUUAAUUUUAGAUGGCCACGAUUCCCAUAAUUUCGUAGAGUUAAUAGAUAUGGCCAUACAAAACCGAAUUGAAAUUGUUGAAUUACCUGCUCAUACAAGCAAUUGGCUUCAACCUUGUGAUCGAACUGUAUUUAAGCCAUUCAAAGUUUCAUAUAAUAAAGCAGUCCAGGGUAUAAUGUCUAAUCACCCUGGGGUUAUAAUAAACAAGGCCAAUUUUACUUUUAACCAAAGCCUGGAAUAAAAGUAUGACAAAAGCUAACAUUGAAUCUGGCUUUAAAUCAUGUGGAAUCUUUCCAUAUAAUCCUUCAAUUAUAACAGCUGAAGCUUACUUGCUAAACUAUGUGUAUUCUGAAGACAGGUUAAUGACUAAUCUCUUUGAUCAAAUUAAAACAGUUGAUAAUACAGCAAUAGUUAAGCAGAUGAAGCAAACAACAGACAGCACAAAAGUACUUUUACCUGAUAUUGAGUUUGAACAGCAUCUAAUUACCAACCCAAGAUUUGCUGUAGCAAAUGAUCACGACUAUUUAGCUGAACUAAUAACCGUAGUAGAACAUAGGAGUGAUGAUUUAGUGGAACUAAAUAUAAAAACUAUAGAACUAAAAGCUGCAAGUAAUAAAGCUACUAGUAAGUUUCAAGACAGCUUUAGGAUUAUGUCUUACUCUGAAAUUGAACAGCCUAUUGAUCAGCAUGAAGUUGAUUUUACAGUUUCAACUCUUUUAGCUUCUGAUUUUGCAAAAACUAGAUCUUUUGCCCCAAAUUUCCCCUUUAAAAAUUCAUCUUAUCCAGGAGAUGGAGAUAAUGACAUUUUGCCAUAUUCUUAUCCAAAUUUUAGAAAGAGCAAAAAAGCUAAGAUUGCAGACAAGUUUUUUGUGCUUACUUCUAAGGAAGCAUAUGAGUCACAGUUAAAGCAGAAGCAAAAACAAGCUCAAAAUGAAAAGGAAAAAGAAAUGCGUAAAUUGAAAAGACUACAAAACUUAAAAAUAAAGGAAGCAACGGUAUUGUCAAAAGAUAAUCCUAGAAAAAAACCGUUGCUAUAAAAAUGAACCAAUAAAAGUAUAAAAAAACAAUGUGUAAUUUGAUCAUGUUGUUAUGAAUUUUUGUUCUUAGUGUUUAAAAAAGUCUUUUCAACCCAUAAAAGUAUUUAAAGCUUGUUAUUUAUAUUGGCUGUAAUUAGGUUCAUUCCGCAUACGCCUGGCUGAAAUUUGGUCAUAGUGGCUGUAUUUUGGUCAAAUUUAUAUACUUUUUGUAAUCGUUGUUUUAUCAAACAUUUUUUAUUUAUAAUAAUUGCUGUAAUUAUAUCCUAAAUGCUGAAAGAUUUAUCUUUCUAGAAAUGUAUAAUUUUCAUAUAGACCUCUUUGUUAAUGUGUCUGUAGAAACAAUUUUGUAAAGUUGCGGCUGGAAUUUGGUCACUUUACCCUAUUUAACGCCUAUAGGCGUUAAAUAAGUAUCCGUAUACUAACGCAUGCGCAAAUUUUACAUUUUGUCUACUUUUUUAACGGGCUACUUAUUUAACGCAACACCGGCCUUAAAAAAUGUAAACAAACCAAAAAGUAAAGUAUCAAAUUGUAGAUUGAACCUUGCGAAAGCGUUUUACUGUUAUUUUUAAGGAGUUAUAAAAUAUUUAAUAUAUAUUAACUAUAUUAUCAAACUUAAUUUAUUACAAUAAUAAAAAUACGCCUCCUGUAAAAAGAACUAGACGGUGUAAUUUAUAUGGUGGUAGCCCUUCUGAUCUUUCUAUUACAGAUCUAGCAACUUAUGGUGAUGUAGCAAGAUUUUUCUACAAAUUAAAAGAUUUAGAUGGUAUUAAAGACAAAAAUAUUAUUAUUCAAAGAACGCUUUGUAGUUUAAAAAAAAUAUGGUUCAAUUGCAAUUCUAAAUUAGUUUUGUUACCUUGAAAAAAGUUUGAUUGUUAAACUUUUAAGAUUUUAUAAUUAUGUUAUUUCUUGGAAUGGAAAUAAAAUUAAACCUUUGACCAAAAAAUUGUUGGAAAAAAAUAAAGAAAAACUUUUUGAUCUGCUAGCAUGUAACUGCAAGCUUGAAGUUCUUCCUUGUGGUGACAGGAAAAUCAAAUGCUCAGGUUUUUCAAAUGUGCAUCUUUACUGUAGUUGUGUUGGUAGUAAAAAAGUAAGUUAUACAAAUUUAAAGUUCCUUUGGAAGAGCGCUCCUAUAUAAAAGACCAAAGGGAGAAAAUUGGUACUAAAGGAAAGUUUCAAGUAGGAGGUAUUGAUAACUCUGUUUUAUCACCUACCUCAAGAAAAACAAAGCAAACAAAAGCAUCUGAUGAAGAAAUUUAUAUUAAAGAGUUUGACACAAUCAUGGAUUCAGAUCAGAGUGAAACUUCAAUUUCAUCAUUAAAUGAGACUAGAUCAAAGAACUAUAACACUACCCACUAUCCCAAAUUUGCUUUAGAGGUUAUUAGAUAUGGAAUAUCAUACGAAGCAGCUGCCGCUGUAGCUAAUGCUCUACUUCAAAAUAUUGGUUAUCUACAUCUAAAUGAUGUAAUUGAUCCAAGUAAAAUGAAGAGAGAGAAAGAACGAGUAUGCUUUAAUGCUAGUUUUGAGCAAUCUAAAGUUUCAAAUAUAAAGGCAAUUGGUUUCGAUAGCAAACGUAAUAAAAACUCAUUGGUUUAUGAUUUAUUCAGCGAACCAAUAGAUUUACAUUUUUAUUUCAAUUUAUUCAGCGUAUUUUUAGAUUGGAUACUGAAGUUCAAAAUAUUACAUUGCCCAUAAUUUAUAGAAACUCUUUUUGUCUCUAAACUGAAAAUUUUAUUGCUACUCUACUUUAUUCUGAAGAACAGGUUUAUAGAACAAUUGCUGUUGUUAAGAUUUUGGAAACAAGAAAAAACCUAAUUAAGGAUCCUAAAAAUGGAUUAAAAGAUGGUAUUAGGGUUAAUGUUCUAGUUAUGGAUUGUAGAUGUAAAAACUGGUCAAAAUUAAUAAAUCUGUAUGAUAUAGACUGUUUUGAGCCCCCUUGUGUGGAAGAUAUAUCAAAUGAGGAGCUUUUGAAUAUGAUACCAAAUUAGGGAAAGGCUCCCAACUUUCCGAGCCACUCGCAAACGGUUGAAAGAGCAGUGAAAAUGACUUCUGAUGCUAGCGGAAAAUUUAGUAACCUCAAGAAAAGAAAUGCUUAUAUUCUAGCUAAAUGCCAAAGUCAAAAGAAACGAAAAUAUUUUAGAACAAAGAAAGAAUAUACAUU